CGGUCUGAGACAGCGAGCAUCUAUUUCAAAUCGUUCUUUUUCAUUUCUUUUUUCAUUCUUAUUCAUAUUUUCUUUUAGCAAUGGCAACAAAGACACGGCUGGGAUGGCAAAAACUGUUUCUGAUACUCACAGUGCUGCCUUGCUGUAGGAGUUUGGAGGUUUCUAUUCCACAGCAAGAAUACAAAGUCUCAAAAGGAGAAGAUAUUACCUUGACCUGCUCCUUCAUUCCAGCCAUAUCAGAUUUCAGGUUGCUCGUCCUCAAAUGGUCAUACUUCCAGGACAAUCCAGAUAAACCAACGCAACGCGUGGCCACCUUCUAUACAGGCAAUCCAAUUGACAUCGUGCCUGAAUAUGAAGGCAGAGUCAUAUUGGAGGUUGACGUCGCUAAACGCGUAAGCACACUCCGAUUGACAAAGGUGACUAUGCAAGAGAGCAAUUUAUUCCAAUGCAGUGUCAUGAUCCCCGGUGACGAUGUGGGAAGACCUUCUGCCACCACUUCCCUUUUGGUUCUGGAACCUCCCUCUAGGCCCCUCUGUACAAUUCAGGGGGAGGCAGAAUAUUGGCAAGACAUCACCCUCACCUGCAAGUCUGAGGAAGGAUCCCCAAAACCCAGCUAUAAAUGGAAUAGCUACAGUGUCAAAAACAUGCCCAGACAAUUUCCGCCAAAGACAACUGAAGUGAAUGGACUCCUAUCAUUAUUCAAUAUUUCCCAAGACACAUCUGGGUUCUUCAUUUGCACAUCAACAAAUGAAGUUGCUUCUGCCAGCUGCAACCUCACCUUAGCUGUGGUGCCAGCCAGUAUGAAAAUAGGGUCUACUGCAGGUAUAAUUGGAGGAGUCAUCGCAGGUUUACUGUGUCUAGUGCUUAUCAUCUUCUGUUGCUGCCGGAAGAAGGGCCAAAAGGAACAAAAUGCUGAAGGGUAUUUCCCCGAAGACAUGGAGUUUCAUGACAAAGACGCUCCUGAAGUUGGAGAGCAGUACCGGGAUGACACAAGUGAAGCAAAGCCACAGGUUUACCAAGACAAAGCUGUUUCUCAGAACAGUUACAGCGCAGGACCAGCUGGGCAUAAGUCUGAGGAUGACCAACACAGUUAUUACAGUGGUAAAGAAAGACCUGAUGUUAAGGGCAGUGAUAUUGAUACGCGUUACCAGGAAGACCAGCGUGAUAGUUAUCAUGGCAGCCGUGAUCGCCUUGACGAUAAACGUGAUCGUUAUGGUGGCAGUCGUGAUCAUCUUGAUGAUCAGCGUGAUCGUUAUGGAGGAAGUCGUGACCGCCUGGAGGAUCAAAGGGAUCAGUAUGGUGGCAGUCGUGAUCGCCUUGACGAUAACCGUAACUAUAACAGCAGGAGUCGUGAUAGGCUUGACGAUCAGCGUGAUCGUUACGGCGGCAGUCGCGAUCGACUUGACGAUAAGCGUGAUCAAUACGGCGGCAGUCGCGAUCGCCUUGACGAUAAGCGUGAUCAUUACGGUGGCAGUCGUGAUCGCCUUGAUGAUAACCGUGACCGUUACGGUGGAAGUCGUGAUCGCCUUGACGAUAACCGUGUCCGUUACGGUGGAAGUCGUGAUCGCCUUGACGAUCAGCCUAAUCGUCAUGGUGGAAGCCGUGAUCACCUCGAUUACAAUCAGUACUGAAACUGAUAUGAAUAACUUUGUGAAUCAUUGAAUAACUACUGAAUCUUGCGCUAAAAAUCUGAUUUGCCUGGAUGCACUGAACAGGUUUCAUGGCUUAAUGCCUCGUCACUUCGCUUGGGGACUAUUUGUGGGAUAGUUACCUGUGAAUCUACUAAUAACAGUGAUUCAGUUGAAGUGAAUAGGUCAUAAUAUAUGCUUCAGCCAAACCAAAACAACUUCUAACCCUACCAC